CCACUCCAGUCGAUUCGUUUUAUAACGUUUAGGUUAGGUCAGGUUUUAGGUCUCUCAGACUGGAGAUUUGCUGGUCAGAAUACAGUAAUCCUUAUUUUAAAAACCUAUCAAAAUCAAGGAUAUGAACUUUAAUUCAGCUGGGCCUCGCUACCCUCCUGGCCGUAAGCUAUCAAAACGGCCCACAGAAACACCAGGAUUAGAAAGUACACAGACCUUCUCCCCACCACCUGCUUACAACCCUUACGAUGAUCCUCAACAGUACAACAAUAUGCCUGCAUACCCUCCCAAUCAAUUCGGUCCUGGUCCUGGUUCAGACUAUGGCCCUGGAGGUCCAAUAAUGGGCUCCGCAGGCCACGGCCCUGGAGGUGUAGCAAUGGGCCCUGCAGGCUAUGGCCCCGGAGGUCCAGCAAUGGGUGCCGCAGGAUAUGGUCCUGCAGGUCCAGCCAUGGGUCCUCAAGACUAUGGCCCCAGAGGUCCCAAUAUGAUGCCAACCCAGCUGUUUAGUGAUCCUCUGGUGGCUAAUGUAGCCAUGAGCUAUGGGAGCAAGAUUGUUGACUCAGGCAAAGAGAUUGUUGAUCGGGAAAUCAACAAAUAUGUGCCUGUAUCAACACUAAAGUAUUAUUUUGCCGUGGAUACCAAUUAUGUCAUGCGAAAGCUGAAACUUCUUUUCUUCCCUUUCACUCACAAUGACUGGUCAGUGAAGUAUGAGCAGAAUGAGCCAGUCCAACCUCGCUACGAAGUCAACGCGCCAGAUCUCUAUAUACCAACAAUGGCAUAUGUUACUUACGUGCUGGUAGCUGGCCUGGCACUAGGGACCCAGAACAGAUUUGCCCCCGAGGUGUUAGGUGUCUUGGCUAGCUCUGCCUUGGCCUGGUCUGUGGUGGAGAUUUUGGUAGCUCUAGUCACCCUCUACAUCACCAACAUACAGACCAAACUCAAGACUUUUGAUCUCAUUGCAUAUGCUGGUUAUAAAUAUGUAGGGAUCAUAACUGCGGUACUUCUCAGCAUAGUUUUGAAUAAAACUGGAUACUACAUAGGCCUUAUCUAUUGUGGAUUUUCCCUUGCAAUUUUCAUGAUGAGGUCACUCAAGUGGCAAGUCCUGGCAGAGGUGACGUCUACCCAGGAGUACAGUGGCUAUGGCGGAGGAGGAGGCAACAAGAGAAGGCUCUACUUCCUUUUGUUCACUGCUGGGCUGCAGCCUCUACUCAUGUGGUGGCUAUCAGCCCAUCUGGUCCCCCCACCCCUGCCUCCUGUGCCUCCUAAUCUCAUGUCACAAUAAUACUCUCAUCAACUGAUGAUACUAUUGUAACUUGUUAUAACUAACCAUUUCGUUAAAUAUUUGGAUUUUUAAUUCCAGUGUAACAUGUUAUUAUUAGUGUCAAUUUCUAUGCAGUUAUUUCUUGUAUAUAAAUUUGUUUAUUAAAA